AUGGCUACUGCGGAAACCGUUCAAAUUGGCCCAAUACAUGCACCAAAAGAGGACAGCAUUAUCGCCUUCAACAAGAUUGAAACUGAACUAAAAAGAAAGAUUCAACAUCUCCGUCACGAAACCGAUAAACACGAACCUCAGUACUUCGCCCCCAUAUCUCACGUCUCAGACCACACCCUCACCUCCUUCGACUCCUCCUCUUUAAAGUCCGUCCGCGUAGCUAAUAGCGCCUAUGGAUUGCACCUCCUAGGCAAAGUCCUCAUCCCCGAAACAGAGGACAGAUAUUUCAUGUUCCGUGCUUUUAUUCCUGGAGAUUCUGAUACCGCAAAGCUACAUUGUAUUCAUAUGGAGGAGAAGGACGUUGGAGGUGAGGAGGGAAAAAAGUUUAGGGCUAUUUUCGAGGAGAAUGACGAAUUGGAUUGGUUUGAUGAGUAG